CCACCUCGGACUCUCCACCAAUCACAAGUCCCCGCUUCCAGUACCGACCUAUUAAGGGAGGGACGAUUUAUCUUGUUACAAGUCUGGGAAUUUCAUUCAUAUUGAACUUUACGCUGGAUGCGGGAGCGGAGGGACACAGGAGAAAUGGGCGGAGACAAUUACUCUAAGCCAACCGUGAGGGCGAACGCGUUGCUUGAGAUCUUAUUUUACCCUCUUGGAACAAGCCGGGUAGAAAAUUACCUCGGUUUCACUGAGAAGAGGCCGUGGACGCAGACAGGUUUGGAUUCGGAUUCAGCUUCCAUCACUUAGCGGUAUGCCAAGAAGCCUUAUCACACAGAUGUCCUUCGAGAUAAUAUGGAUCAGUCCGGAGUUCACCUCUGGGUGAAAGCAGAACCCUUUAUAGUGGGUGCCUUGCAGGUUCCCCCUCCAUCCAAAUUCAGUCUUCACUAUCUCAGGAAGAUAUCCACCUAUGUGCGAACCCGGGCCACAGAAGGAGCUUACCCACGCCUAUACUGGUCCACAUGGAGGCACAUUGCAUGUGGGAAGCUGCAGUUGGCUAAGGACCUGGCCUGGCUUUACUUCGAAAUAUUUGAUAGUCUUGCAGUAAAGACACCAGAGGAGCGCCUGGAAUGGUCCGAGAUUCUGUCCAACUGUAUGUCUGAGAAUGAAAUUGAAAAACAAAGAAAUAAGCUUUCAGUGAACACCCUACAGUUUCUGCUCUUCUUAUACAUACAGCAGUUAAAUAAGGUCUCCCUGAGGACAUCUUUGAUUGGAGAAGAGUGGCCUAGUCCCAGAAACAGAUCUCAGUCUCCUGACUUGACUGAAAAAUCCAGUUGCCAUAAUAAGAACUGGAAUGAUUACAGUCACCAAGCAUUUGUCUGUGAUCAUCUGUCAGAUCUCCUUGAGCUACUUUUAGAUCCAGAACAACUCACUGCAUCAUUUCAUUCGACCCAUAAUAGUCUAGUCUCUCGUGAAGCUGUUGUGGCCCUCAGCUUUCUUAUUGAAGGUACAGUGAGUAGAGCCAGGAAGAUAUACCCACUUCAUGAACUUGCUCUGUGGCAACCACUGCAUGCAGAAAGCGGCUUCUCACGGAUCUCUAAGACCUUUUCUUUCUACAAGCUGGAAGCCUGGUUGAGAGCCUGUUUGACUGGGAAUCCAUUUGGUACAUCUGCUUGCCUUAAGUCUGGAAAGAAAUUGGCUUGGGCUCACCAAGUUGAAGGGACGACCAAAAGAGCUAAGAUUGCUUGUAAUACACAUGUGGCCCCUCGGAUGCACCGCAUGGUGGUGAUGAGCCAGGUUUACAAGCAGACCUUGGCCAAGAGCUCAGAUACUCUGGUGGGGGCACAUGUGAAAAUUCAUCGUUGCAACGAAUCUUUUAUAUAUCUGCUCUCUCCCUUACGAUCUGUGACCAUCGAGAAAUGCAGGAAUAGCACCUUCGUGUUGGGCCCUGUACAGACUGCUCUUCACCUCCACAGCUGUGACAACGUUAAAGUCAUUGCUGUUUGCCAUCGUUUGUCCAUCUCUUCUACAAUAGGCUGCAUCUUUCACAUUCUGACGCCUACACGCCCCCUUAUUCUCUCUGGAAACCAGGCAGUAACUUUUGCCCCUUUUCAUACCCAUUAUCCAAUGCUGGAGGAUCACAUGGCCAGGACUGGCCUCGCUACGGUGCCUAACUAUUGGGAUAAUCCAAUGAUUGUGUGCAGAGAGAACUGUGACACAAGUGUCUUCCGACUCUUACCACCUUGUGAAUUCUAUGUAUUUAUUAUCCCCUUUGAAAUGGAAGGGGACACAACAGAGAUACCUGGGGGUCUUCCAUCUGCAUAUCAGAAAGCACUGGGUCAAAGAGAACAGAAGAUACAAAUCUGGCAGAAAACUGUGAAGGAGGCUCGUUUGACAAAGGAUCAAAGGAAGCAGUUCCAGGUACUUGUGGAGAAUAAGUUUUAUGAGUGGUUGAUUAACACGGGACAUCGCCAACAGCUGGACAGUCUUGUGCCCCCUGCUGCCGGCUCCAAACAAGCAGCAGGAUAAGAUUCCUACGUGGAAACACUGGGCCCUGGAAACAGGAGGGUGAAUGGAAGAUGGUACAUGUCUUCAAACUCAAUUGGGAAGAUGCUCUUGCUGCUUAAGAGACAUUGCAGUUUUUUCCUUCCUAUUUAAGACCGUUCCUUGAUUUCCAUUCCAUACUGAUAUAUUACUGCUUAGGUCAAAUUUUAGAUGAACUUCUGACUAUCUAUCCUAUAAACAAAUGUAUUGUUUAUAGAACAUCAGAAAGCUCAUCUUUGUGUUGCCAGAAUGAAGUUGAUGAAGGCAGUUUCGUUGUAUGUUAAUAUUGAAGUAACUGAUUGUAGAUUUGCAAGUAAAUUUCACAUUUUAAUUUA